AUGGCGCCCUGCGGUCCGAUUGAUAAUACUUCCAAGUUGGUAGACGAAGACAUUGUUCUGAUUCUUUCUCGAUUACCCUUCAACGAGGCUGCGAGAACCUCCGUCUUGGCCCACAGAUGGCGUCAUAUCUGGCGCAGAACCAGGAGUGUGGAGCUCUUGGAGAGGUUCUUCGUGAAGCCUGGUGACUCUGAGGAGAUCAAGGAGAAUAAAAGAAAGGAGUUCAUGGAGUUUGUUCGUCAAUGGAUUAACGAUUCUGAUCGUGAAUCCGAGAUAGAUAAGUUCUCUUUCUCACUCUCCAAUCCUAAACCAUUUCAGGACGACUUAUACGCCAUUUUAUCAUUUCCUUCUUCUAGAAAUGUCAAAGAGUUAUCCCUCGAUUUCUCUGACCCUUCAUGGAAACAAGACGAUCCUGAAAAAACCCACAAGGCGAUUUGUAACAUACCAGGUCCGGUUUACAGAAACCAUGAUCUUCAAUCCAUGAAGCUUUACUCCUGCGGUUUUAUGGAUCAGUGGUUCGGUAAUUUUGGGUCGUUAAAGGAGCUUUCUUUAGGAUGGAUUGAACUUGAAUCGGCUUCCAUGAAAGCUGUGAUGGAGAAGUGUCCAUUGCUGUUGAGUUUGAGUUUGGAGAGGUGUUGGAAUAGAGGGGAAGGCAUGGAGAUUAGAGGGAGGAAUUUGAAGUUAAGGAAGUUGAGGAUUGAGAAUUGUGGAUACGAGUGGUGGUGCUUUGAUUCCCCGAAUCUGAAAGAGUUUAAGUACAGUGGGAGACUUGGUAUUUUACAUUUUGACAAUGUGCGAACUCCGGUGGAGAAUGUUGAACUUGAUUUUGGAGUGGAGAAAGAGUUUCAACAAGUUGGUGAUUAUCUGCAGAUGCUUCUUCAUGAGCUCACUUCUGCUAGGGUUUUGACUGUUUGCACUUACGUCCUUCAGGUUAUACCAAGUGGAAUACAAUCAUUAGGUAUACAUGGACGUUCUCUAGAGGUAAAACAUUUAAUUUUGAAAAUCCAAUUGCAUUCAUAUGAGUUUUGGGGAAUCAAGUUCAUGCUAAAUAGCUGUCCGAAGUUACAAACCAUCACCUUUGACUUAGCUCCUGGAAGUGGAACAAUCCUAUCUGGCUAUGUACCUCCAUUUGAGUUAAGGGCAAAUGAUUUUUGGAUAAAAAACACAACUACUCACAAGUGCUUAACAAAUAGGUUGAAAGUCGUGGUAUUUAAAGGGUUUAAGGGGAGCUGGAAUGAAAUCCUUCUUCUUCGAUAUUUUCUGAAUUUUGGACAAGUACUGGAGCGUCUUGCUUUAUAUUCUGAAGAUAGAUUGAAUGAAGAUGAGAAGAAAACUAUAAUGGAGAAAGCUAAAGACAUAAAGAACACCAUCAAAGCUUCACCUUUAGUGCAGAUUAUACUCUAUAUUGAUGGUAUAUCUACUAAUAUAUAA